UAACUUAGUAGCCUUCACAGCGCAGAGAAAAGCUUGAAAACAUGAAGCCUGAAGGUUCAAAAGCCAGAAGGGUAUGAAGACGGGAGUCAGUUUGCUCCGCAAAUAGGCCCUGACUGUUAAAGGGGAGAUCCCGUAUGGUAUGUUGCACCUCAGGCGGAAGACCCAAUGACUGGACCCAGGUAUUUUGGCGCAUGGCGAUGCCGGAUGCUAGGGUGCAUGCUGCCGCGUCCGCAGCAUCAAGGGAGCCCUGAAGGGAGUUGCGAGCUACCAAUUUGCCCUCCUCGGCAAUGGCCCCCAAUUCCGUAUGAGCCUCUGCUGGAAGGAGUUCUUGGAAUUUUAGGACUGCAGACCAUGAAUUGAAGUUGCACCUACUGAGGAUCGCACGAUGGUUUGCAAUCCAUAGUGAGAGACCACCAGUAGAGUAAACUUUUCACCAAAAAGUUUGGCGUCCUUUGAUUUAAGGGCCGGGCCCUUGUUGGCCCUGUCUCUCUUUUGCGUUCACCACAUCCACUACAAGUGAACAAGAGGCAGGGUGGGUGAAAAGGUAUUCGUAUCCCCUGGUGGAGACAGAGUACUUUCUUUCCACCCCUUUGGCUGUGGGGGGGAUGGAGGCUGGAGUUUGCCAGAGUGCUUUGGCAUUGGUCUGUAUGGUUGUAUUCAUGGGGAGGGCCACCCUGGAAGGCCCUUAUGUCCACCAUAGAAUCCUCCUCUUCCACGACCUCCUCAGCUUGGAAGUUCAUAUUUAGGGCUACAUGCCUGAGUAGUUCUUGGAGGACCCUGAAGUCCAUCGGGGCGGGCCAGACGUGGAUGUGCCGGCCAGACCUGGAUGUGCCAGCCGCGGUCUCAUCAGGGGAAGAUGAGGAUGACACCACCAGGAGAGCUGGGUUGGAAGUAGCCCUUUGGUCUUCUGGGGGCAAAUUUUCCCGGGUGCCUGGGGUAACAUCUACCACAGGGACUGGCUCUGCAGGUUGUUCUGAGUCUGGAGGAGGGCGGCUGAGGGUUGCCUCAGGGGGCCGGGUGCCUGAUUGUAUCGGCGGGCGGGAAACAGAAUGGGCACCCUGGGCCUGAUGGUUAUGCCCAGGGGGUCCAAAAUUGCCACUGGGGUUGCCAGUGGGACAGCAAGGGGUCAUGGCCAAGGCUUUCUGGGCCCAAACGGGGGAUGUCCGAAGCCUCUGAAGCUCUCCCCGACCUACUGGAAAGGGAUUGGGAGUGUGACGACCAAGGGGGGGAGCGGUGCACAAAUGCAGCAACGGGGGCACCGAGUCCCUUGGAAGACAAGGGUCGUACAGUGAACGGUGUUGUAAUGCCGACUGUGACCACGACCGGUGCCAUGUUGAAGUGUGGUGCCACGAGGCAGGCCGAUGCCAUGUUGGGGAGCGGUGCUGUGAAGGAGGCCUGUGCCACACUGGGGACUGGUGCUGCAGUGGAGACUGGUGCCAUGAUAGAGAGCAGUGCUGCGAUGGGGCACGGUGCUGCAAUGGGGAGCACUACCACGCUGGGAAGCAGUGUCGCGAAGAGGAUCGUCGACGAGUUGCAGAUUGGAGCUGUGGCAACGAAUGGUGUGGAGAUCGGUACCCGGAACAGUGCUGGUCUGAGCGGUGCCACAAGGUUGCUGAGUACGAUCUGGACCUUGAGUGGGACCAUGUUAUGGCAGCUAACAGCGACCUUGAGUGCGAACGGCUCCGAGAGUCGGGGCUGCAGGACCAGCGCCGCGAGUCAGACCGGUGUCGUGAGUCAAACCGGUAUGUGGUAUGGUGCUGGGACUCCGAAUGACUCUGGGACUCAGAGCAACGUGGAGAUGCUGGUCUAGUGGCGGACUGUCCGAACAAUGCCGGGGCUGAAGCUGGGGCUGGCGCUUGAUACGGGGGCACCGGUGCUGUCAUUUUGAUAAGACCUCUGGCGGCUUUGAAGGUGUCUGGAGUGGAAGGUAGUGUAACCUCCUCCACUUGCAGGAGCCCCUGUUGCGUGGGACUGUCUGGAGCAGGCCAGGCCUAACUGGCUUGUCAGAUUUAGAGAUCUGGUCUGAAAUCUGCUCAACCAGGGUUGCAGUGACCGCUUCGGGCCUAUUGGAAGAUCCUCCCAAGGCUUGCUUUUUUCAAGUGACCGGGGUGUGGGAGCGGUGCCGGGAUGGACACCUUUGGGGCCUAGGGGAUCAUUGGUCCCGAGGCAGGUGCAGGAUCUUCUGCGGUGCCGUGGCCAGUAUUGCUGGAGGAGCACUGUGCACCGAGGCACUGGGGCCUGAGUCUUGAGAGGGAUGCAAUGCAGACUCCAUGAGGAGUUGUUUGAGGUGGAUUUCCCUCUCUUUUCUAGUCCGGGCCUUGAAGACUUUACAGAUCUUGCACUUGUCAGCCUGAUGGGCUUCCCCCAGACACCUAAGGCAGGAGUCAUGGGCAUCGCACAUGGACAUGAGCUUGUGAAAGUAGAAUGAAUUAUACUGUAAAAAUAAGAAUGGAUUAAAGAAAUGUUGUAUGUACC